AUGCGCCGCCGCCCCUCGAGAACUGUCAGACGGCUUUAUUCCGCGGCGGCGAGCGGAUUCCACUGCUUCGAGCUCGUCCUCGACGUCCUCCGCGGCGAUAGCAACAACGACUGGUUCGACAGGCGGCCAGAUACCCUGAAGAGCACCCAGCAGGAGACCCCUGGGUGGAUGGCCGUUGGUUUCGGGACACAGGUGGCGAACACGCCGAUGGUGAUCAUGUGGAGCAACCCGGACGGAACCGUGACGCUCUCGCAACGGACAGCGUCGUCGGAGACGGUGAUGCCCACCCUCGACAGCAGUCCUCCACGGACCGCGACGGUCGAUGUCAACACGUUCGUUCUCAGCAUCGGAGCGAAGCUGCAGUACGGCUUCACGAUCCCGAGAGACAACAGCUCGCUGUCGUCGAUACCGAUCCUGUGGGCGUUCAGCCAGACGAACCCGGAAGAUAGCUCGCGGAACGCGACGCUGGUCGUGCACGACGAUGCCGGGACAGCGACGCUUGACCUCUCGCAGGCACUGAGCACGUCGAGCUCGGCGGCGGAGACACGGUGUCGCGCUGGGAUCGUGGCGGGACUCGUAGCGAGUACGACUUUCUUGAUGCUACGGACACUGUAG